AUGGAUGCCGUUCCACUCGUGGUUUCGCCGUUUGACAUUCGUUUCUUGGCCUCUGUGGCGUUCUACCUGAGCCUUUUCCUGAGUGGUUGUGUUCUCAUCCAAAGCAGUGGGAUGAUUGAAGAUCUCCUCUGGGUGGUUAAACCUAAGAAAUCUGAAGCUGGUCGAAAAGGAUGCCGUUUUUCUCGGAAUUCGGUUGUCAAUUGCAGCGAUGCCAAGGAGCUCUCUCGGAUGAUUCUGCUUGCAUUGUUGUUGCUGAUCCUACCGUACGUACCUUCAUCAAAUCUUUUCUUCUAUGUUGGCUUCGUGGCAGCAGAACGAAUUCUUUACCUACCCAGUGUGGGAUACUGCAUUCUGAUCGGAAUGCUGUAUCACCUUUGCUGCUCAAGAUUCGGCAAGAAGUCAGCAAUGUCAUUUGGAUUUAUGAUAGUCGUUCUUCACGGUAUGAGAACUUACGAAAGGAAUAUAGAUUGGAAAGACGAAGAAAGUCUCUACAAAAGUGCCCUGGAGUUGAAUCCCCCGAAAGCUUACUCUAAUCUUGGACGAGUAUACGCAUCUCAAAUGCGACUGGAUGAAGCUGAAGCAGCUUACAAGAAUGCUCUUGCUUAUCGUCCAAAUAUGGCAGACACAUGGUACAAUUUGGGUGUUCUCUAUCAAGAUAUGAGAAACUUCAGCGAAUCGGUCAAAUGCUACCGAGCUUCCAUUAAUUUUCGUCGGACAUUUGCAACGGCUCAUCUGAAUCUGGGAAUUGUCUACGAGACAUUAGGCAACGAUGAAAGUGCGAUUUCGACCUGGCAGUUGUGCUCAGCUAUAGAUGGCACUUUAGUCAAAGCUCAACGAGAACAUCGAAAUGCUCAGACCAGUUGUCGAUUUCGUCUAGGAAGGAUGCUGCUAAGCCAAGGAAACCUUCAAGAGGCUGCUAAAGUUUUGGAUGAGGCAAUACGAGAAGCCCCGCGAUCUUAUCCAUUCAUUCAUUCGUUAUUCUAUUCGUAUGGCGAAGUAGAAAAACUGCUUGGAAACAAUGACAAAGCUGAGCAACUUUUCCAAGCUGCCUUCAAUGCUGCCCCUACCCACAUUCCGACAUUGCUGACUAUGGCACACCUCCGUAACAAACAGAAUCGAACUUCUGAAUCAAACGAGUGGUUUUCAAAAGCGCUAGCCAUUGCUCCGAACUCAGCCGAUGUCCAUCAUCACAUUGGUUUAGCUGCUGCUUCGAGGGGUGACGUAGCACGGGCUGAAAUGGCUUACAAAAACGCUCUGAAACUUGUCAGUACACAUGCGGACUCUUUGAAAUCAUUGGCAGCGCUUUUACGGGAACAGCAUCGCUACGACAAGAGUGAAGAGGUGUUGCGAACUCUGAUGAACCAUCAUCCGACUUCGGAAACGUUGAGCGAUUACGGAGCCAUACUACAUUUGACUGGGAAACUUGAAGAAGCCAAGCGAUUCUAUGAGAAGUCGCUGAUGCUUGAUCCAUCGAACAACGUGGCCAAAGAGAAUCUCCGUCGACUCGAACGGAAACUUUCUUCAUCGACACGACGCACUUGA